UCUCAUUUUUACUGUAAGACCCUAUUGACCUCUCUCAGAGUCACCGAAAGAAGGACCUAUGCUUCUCAAUCACUUGCAGACUUGUCACCCAUGGAUUCUACCUUCACCUCGACUUCCAAGACAUACCCACUUCUCAACAACCACCCACAGUACGAGGAAGUUUACGCCUUGCCACUUCAGCUUGAUCAAAUCUUCAGCAUUGCAUGCACAUGGUUUUAGAGCAUACAGUGAAGGGAGAUGGGAGGAUGUUUCUCACGGGUCAGAAGUUGAGUCAAAUUCCAACACUUGUAAACAUGUUCCGGAAAAUUUGAACACCAAGUGCAUUUGGAUGGACAAAAAUAAUAAUGGUUGUCAGGGUCCACAGGCUAAAAGCAUGAUACAACCCAUGUCAUUGUACUUAAUGCUGAGAUUGACACAUAAGAAGUUUUUUGAUCUGAUGGUAAAUGUUGUCCAAGCAAUACUUCCAGAUGUGCUUCAGACUCUUAGUGCAACAAGCUUGCCUCUUGCUUGUGUUUCUAAUGCCUUGAACAAACCUAAGCCGCUUCAAUUAGAUGUGUCCUUGCCAUCUUUUAAUGAUAUUAGAUGGAGCUUAGCACGGUUGUUGUACUUAUUUAACAUCCAACUUGAGAGAAAUGUUGCCACGUUCUUUGUGGUGCUCCUUUUAGCUUGCUUCUCAUUUGUUGUCAUUGGUGGUCUCCUGUUCUUCAAAUUCAGGGGUAAUCAACGUUCUUUGGAAGAUUGUCUAUGGGAGGCCUGGGCGUGUCUUUGUUCAUCAUCUACUCAUUUAAAACAUUCAACACGCAUUGAGCGUGUUAUUGGCUUUCUUCUUGCAAUAUGGGGUAUAUUGUUUUACUCUCGCCUUCUAAGCACGAUGAGUGAACAAUUUAGGAAUAAUAUGCAAAGGCUCAGGGAAGGAGCCCAAAUGCAAGUUCUGGAGACUGAUCAUAUCAUUAUUUGUGGGAUGAAUAGUCAUCUUCCUUUCAUAUUAAAGCAGCUAAAUAAGUACCAUGGAUUUGCUGUCCGCUUAGGCACAGCUACAGCUAGGAGGCAGAGAAUCCUUCUUAUGUCUGAUCUUCCAAGAAAACAGAUUGAUAGGGUAGCUGACAAUCUUGCAAAAGAUUUAAUUCAUAUUGAUGUCCUUACCAAGAGUUGCAGCCUUAGUUUAACAAAAUCAUUUGAAAGAGCAGCAGCCAACAAGGCACGUGCAAUAAUUAUACUGCCAACAAAAGGGGAUCGGUAUGAAGUUGACACAGAUGCAUUUCUUUCUGUUUUAGCCCUUCAACCAAUUCCAAAGAUGGAUUCUGUCCCCACAAUAGUUGAGGUUUCAAGUUCCAAGACGUGUGAGUUGUUGAAGUCAAUCUCAGGAUUGAAAGUAGAGCCUGUAGAAAAUGUUGCAUCGAAAUUAUUUGUUCAGUGUUCUCGGCAGAAGGGGCUUAUAAAGAUCUACAGGCACUUGCUAAAUUUUCAAAAAAAUGUAUUCAAUCUUUGCAGCUUGGCUUAUCUAGAAGGAAUGACAUACAGACAAAUAAGACAUAGAUUUCCAGCGGCUGUUGUCUGUGGUCUUUACCGCAGUGGGAGAAUAUACUUCCACCCUAAUGAUGAUGAAAUUCUGCAGCAAACCGACAAAGUAUUGUUCAUUGGAUCUCUUCAGGAUAUUAAAAAGGCAGAAGUUGUAAUCCCAAAUGGGAAAGAAGGAAAACACGGAAUUCAUAACGUGGAAGUACUUCAAAAGGAGGUGGAUAAUGCUAUUGAAUUGAGUAGAUUAAGACUUGCUAAUAUAGUUAAACGUUCUAACAGAUCACGUUCCAAGGCAUCAGAUGGGAAUGUAGGACCGAAAGAGUGCAUUCUUUUACUUGGGUGGCGACCUGAUGCUGUAGAAAUGAUUCAAGAGUAUGAUAACUAUCUUGGUCCUGGAAGUGUUGUGGAAGUAUUAUCCGACACACCAUUGGAUCACAGGAUUAUUAGGGAAAGGAACAUCACUGGUCAUAGCAAACUCAAGAAUGUUCGAGUUUCUCAUAGGAUUGGAAAUCCUAUGGACUAUGACACCUUAGAGGAAACUAUUUUGAAUAUUCAGAAUUCUUUGAAGAAUGAAGAAGUUCCUUUGUCGAUUGCUGUCAUAUCUGACAGAGAAUGGCUUCUUGGAGAUCCGUCUAAGGCAGACAAGCAAUCUGCUUAUUCUCUCUUACUUGCUGAAGAUAUCUGCAAAAAACUUGGAGUUAAGGUGCAAAAUCUAGCUGCAGAAAUAGUUGAUUCAAAAUUGGGGAAACAAAUUACUAGAAUCAAGCCAUCAGUGACCUACAUUGCAGCAGAGGAAGUAAUGAGCCUUGUAACAGCUCAAGUGGCCGAGAAUAGUGAACUGAAUGAAGUUUGGAAAGACGUACUAAAUGCAGAGGGCGAUGAAAUAUAUGUAAAGGAUAUUAGUCUUUACAUGAAAGAAGGAGAGAAUCCAUCAUUUUCUGAGCUUUCCGAGAGAGCAUAUUUGAGGAGAGAAGUAGCCAUAGGUUAUGUGAAAAACAAGAAGAUGGUAAUCAAUCCAGUUCCCAAGUCUGAACUCCUCUCUCUUGAAUUGACUGACUCAUUGAUAGUCAUAUCUGAGCUAGAAGGAGAACAACCCAUCAUUUUGUAAUGUCGAGGCCUUAAUCAUGUUGGGAAAAUUCUGACCCCUAAAAUUUGAGGCAAUUUAUUGCUAAUUAGGAUUACUGAAUAUUCUUGAUUCAGAAUUAAUUGUUACACGUUCUUUGGAUAUAUAAACCCUCCAAAUACUUGUUCCUUAAUUGAAAUGACCAUU